AUGCGUUACGUCGCUGCUUACCUUUUGGCUCAACUCGGAGGAAACGAUGCCCCCGAUGCUGCUGCCAUCAAGAACAUCCUUUCCAGCGUUGGUAUCGAUGCUGACGAAGAGAAGCUCGGGUUGGUGAUCUCUCAGCUCUCCGGCAAGGACAUCAACGAAGUCAUCGCUGAGGGCAAAGAAAAGCUCGCCUCCGUCCCAACCGGCGCCGCCGCUGGUGGAGCUGCCGCCGCUGCCGGUGGUGCCGCCGCCGCCGAGGAGACCAAGGAAGAAGCCAAGGCUGAAUCUUCCGAGGACUCUGGUGAUGACGAUAUGGGCUUCGGUCUUUUCGACUAA